CCCCCCAACCAAAACCAUCGCACGGCUCAAAAAAGCCAACACUUUGAUGAUGAACUUGAAGAUCAAUGCACUGAAGCAUUUCCCACUUGAUUAUGAAAAGUUGUUCUUGCACCGGUACUGGUUGCAAUUAGGCAAAUCUGUAUGGAGUUCAGUCUUUCUGAGCAGUUGGUCAUAACAAAAGAGAGCAGCUGUUAGCGGUGUAUUUUCCCAAGAAGACAGACUAUAUAUACUUUUUUUUACUAUUUUAUUUCUUUAACUUUGACUGAAGAGAGAAGAAGGCUGAACUCAAGCCAAUAGCUUUGCAGCUUUCGGCGCUCUUUCUCUCUCUUUCUCUUCAAGAUUUGUAUUGCCUUGCCUCUUGAUUCCUUUCUAACACUCCCUUUGUUCUAUUUUUAUGCUUAAAUUUGCAUUUAAGAUAGAUUAAAAUAACAUAUCCAUGUUUAUGUUUAUGUAUUCAGCGAGAACCAAGCAGAAAGACUUGUUUUUUUAACUCUCUAUCCACCUAAAUCUACAGCAACCCUUUUGGCUCUAUUGCUUUUCUUCGCCUUUCUUCUACGAGGUUACCCUUUUUCCUGUCUUCAAUUUGCCAAUUUUCUCUCUUGGCUCGCUCAGUUAUGUUAUGAGUCAACAUUAUAGAAGCUAAUUGAAGACACAAGCAACACCUGGUGGAGCUUGACUAUUGCCUCUUCUAUGCUUUCUAUUUUAACAGAAAACAUGGGCUUACUUUGCAGCAGAAACCGUCGUUAUAAUGCAGCAGAUGCUGAAGAGAAUGCUCAGACUGCAGAAAUUGAAAGACGCAUUGAACAAGAAACAAAGGCUGAAAGGCAUAUCCAGAAACUUCUACUACUAGGUGCUGGGGAGUCCGGGAAGUCCACAAUUUUUAAGCAGAUUAAACUUCUCUUCCAAACUGGCUUUGAUGAGGCAGAGCUAAAGAGUUAUACCUCAGUCAUUGAUGCCAAUGUUUAUCAGACUAUAAAAAUUUUGUAUGAUGGGUCGAAGGAAUUGGCUCAGAACGAAACAGAUUCCUUAAAGUAUGCUGUAUCCAGUGAAAAUAAGGAUCUUGGAGAAAAGCUAUCAGAAAUCGGAGGCAGGUUGGAUUAUCCACGUUUGACAAGAGAGCUUGCACAGGAUAUAGAAACUCUAUGGAAAGAUCCUGCCAUUCAGGAAACAUUUGCUCGUGGUAAUGAACUCCAACUUCCUGACUGUGCAAAUUAUUUCAUGGACAAUUUGCAAAGACUGUCUGACUUGAAUUACAUUCCAACAAAGGAAGAUGUUCUUUAUGCAAGAGUUCGCACAACUGGUGUUGUAGAGAUCCAAUUCAGCCCCGUAGGAGAGCAUAAGAAAAGUGGUGAAGUAUACAGACUCUUUGAUGUUGGAGGCCAAAGAAAUGAGAGAAGGAAGUGGAUCCAUCUAUUUGAAGGUGUCACAGCUGUAAUAUUUUGUGCUGCUAUUAGCGAGUAUGACCAAACACUCUUUGAGGAUGAACAAAAGAACCGCAUGACGGAGACUAAGGAGCUUUUUGAUUGGGUUCUGAAGCAACCAUGUUUUGAGAAAACAUCGUUCAUGCUGUUUCUGAACAAAUUUGAUAUUUUCGAAAAGAAGGUUCUAAAAGUGCCACUGAACGUAUGCGAAUGGUUCAAAGAUUACCAGCCAGUUUUGACAGGAAAACAGGAGAUUGAGCAUGCCUAUGAGUAUGUGAAAAAGAAGUUUGAGGAGUUAUAUUUCCAAAGCACAACUCCUGAUCGUGUGGACCGGGUCUUCAAGAUCUACAGAACCACUGCCCUUGAUCAGAAGCUUGUGAAAAAAACUUUCAAGCUAGUAGACGAGACACUCAGACGCAGAAAUCUCUUUGAGGCAGGCUUAUUGUGAACAGACAUGAAUUCUUUUGAAUUGGUCAGAUUUUAAAAAUUAAAGUUGGAUGAAAUACCCCAUUUGUUGACUGCUGGUAUAUCACAUUCCAUAGGGCACAAGUUUUGAAUUCCAUUUGUUUCUCACACAGAUGGACGACAAAAUUUUUUCCAUAUUAUUCCAUUGGCUGCUUAUAUGUAUUAAGAAAAAACCAACCUAGAAUUCUUUUUCUUGUCUGUCUUGUUUCAGAGCAGGCAUCAAAACUUACAAAAGUUGCUUAUAAUUUUUGUUCUAAUAUAGUUUGUUGUCUGUA